UAGCAUUAGGGGCGGGGGGGUCUAAAACGUAAAAGUCUCUAUUUUCUUUUCGUAAGCGCGAGAGAGCGCAUCCCGUGAAAUUCAAAUUGAAAAUACACGAGACCUAGCCACACCACCACCUCUCCUCCGCUGCACCACCACUUCUCCUCCGUCGGCCCGCCACUCAGUCAGCAGCUGGCAGCUUCAGCCCGCCAACCUGCAGCUCCAGCCCGACACCGCCGUGCCGCGGCCUUCUGCCCAACUGAUUUUUUUUUUCGGUUAACCGAAAACAAAGUCGGUUUAUCAGAUAGCCGAAAUCAUUAUUAAUAUCCCGAAUUCGGAAAACUUCGGGCUCUGUUAACCGACAGCCCUAGUUGGGAUCGAACUGAAAAAGAGAAGGAAAAACUAUGUUUUCGUAGAGAUUUGCUGAUUUUUUUUUUUUUUUUUUUUGGAAAACUGAAUCUUCGGAAGAAAAAUUAUGAGCGAACCAAGUAUUACUCUUUCUCCACAACCAAUUGAUCUAAACUUUCUCCAAAGUCGUAUUGCGGAGCUCAGAAAUGUCGAUGAAAAAUUUGAACUUGGAGUUGGGGAGGUUGAGAAGUUGACGAAUGACGUAGGUUCUGAGCUUGAGAGAAAAAUUGAUUGGAUUUCGUCAGAGUGGUUUUCGAAUUUAAGCUCACUGACAACUGAAGACCUAAAUGAAACACUGGGGCAAUUGAAGAAGGAGCUCAGUGAAGUGGAGGGUGAAAAUGUAGCCAUCGAACGUGAAGUUGAGGAACUUCAAAGGAGAUGUGUAGAAGACUAUGAUAAACUGGAUACUGAGCUGGAGAAAUUUUGUUGUUCUCUGGAAUUUAUAGAGUCACAGAAUGAGGGUGCAAACGAGAAUGCUCAAAUAGACCUCUCAUCCUUAGCAGAUGAUUGUGCUAACCCUUCUAAUGAACACGGCUCCAACUUUAAGAUAUUAGAACUGAGUCAUCAGAUUGAGAAGAACAAGACAACUUUGAAGUCUUUGCAGGAUCUUGAUUCUAUUUAUAAAAGGUUUGAAGCUGUUGAGAAAAUUGGGGAAGCAUUUACAGGUGUCAAAGUGAUCGAAAUUGAGGGAAACAACAUUAGAUUAUCUUUGAAGACUUAUAUUCCAUAUCUAGAAACUGUACUGCACAGGCAAGAUAUUGAAAGUAUCGUUGAACCUUUGGAAUUGAAUCAUGAACUGACAAUAGAAAUUGUGGAUGACACAUGGGAACUAAAGAAUGCUGAGAUUUUCCCAAAUGAUGUAUACAUUGGCGACAUUCUUGAUGCUACAAAAGCUUUUAGGCAGCUUUAUUCUGCAUUCUCAGUCAUUGAAACCAGAUCGUCGUUGGAGUUUCUUGUGAGAAGGGUGCAAGAUAGAAUUGCCAUGUCUUCACUUAGACGAUUUGUUGUCAAGCAUGCAAAUAAGUCAAGACACUCGUUUGAGUACCUAGACAAGGAGGACACAAUAGUAGCUCAUUUGGUAGGUGGGGUCGAUGCUUUCAUAAAGUUGCCUCAAGGUUGGCCAUUGUCGGAUCUGGCGUUGGAGCUAAUAUCACUCAAGAGCACAAGCCAGUAUUCUAAAGAAAUUUCUUUGAGCUUCCUUCGCAAGAUGUUGGUAAGUGGUGUAUUUUUUUUCUUUCCCAAGGUAGCUUGCUCUUUAUGUCUAUCUUUCAUAGAUUACAGAGAACUUCCUCCAUACACUACGUUACAGAUCACUAGUUCAUUUUUUGGUAUGCUUUACAAUUCUGUCUCGUAUCCUUGAUAGUUCAUUUUGUGCAAUUAUUCUACUCUUUGAACAUGGACAUCAUGAGACAAAGUUCAACCCUUGCCUAUGUGCUAGUGGCUUAUCCAAUCCAUAUUGGCCCUUGAAUAGGCGAGUAAGAUGGGGUUUCUCAUUAUCCGUUAUAUCAACUAGGCGGAUAAAAAUCUGUUAUGUAGGUCUUGUGAGACCUGCCAUCCUAGUUGACAAUCUGGAAGUAUUGAAUUCAUAAGCUUUUCAUUAAUGAUGUGAGACAUCAAUGUAAAAAUGAUGUUACUGAGUUUCAGAAGGAUAAAAGAGCAUGCUAGUUUUUCUGAAGAAAGUAGACUUGACGCCAAUGACUUUGAUUAGCCUACACGAGCAUUUUACAGUGUGUUUUCUGAGCUACAGCUACUGCAUGUGUUUUUCUUGGGUGACUGGAUGACUGUUGUUACAGAAAACCUUCUCUCAAAUAGAGUAGUGCUGGGAUGAAUGAAUAAGAAUUGUAUAGUAAAUAAACACUUAAAAACACCAAAUUCAAAGUGGUUUAUCACAUAUUCACAGUAUGUGACCACGAUUUCUUCUGGCAUUGUAGAUUUUGUUAUGAUGGAAGUAUAUUACAAAGUAAGAAAGAUCUCCAAGGCUUAACCCCUCUAAAUCAUAACAGUGCAUUUUUACUCAACCAACCUUUUUCUACUACUAAUAAAUUUUCAGAAACGUAUCCAAAGUAUUAAGAGUAUCAUCUGAUAAUGGUGCACCAACUGCUCAGUUAUCUAUUUUGCUAGUUAGAUCACUGCCCCUACGUUUCUGUGGAACAUUUCUCAGUUAUUUCUCGAAAGAGACAGGUCAAUGAGCAUUUCUCACUCUGAUCACACAUCUUAUAUGCAGUCAUCUCUGAAUCACUGAAGAAAAAGUUUGUGUAUGCGUGAUAUGCAUCAGAACUGUCAUUGUGUUUGUUUCUGCUCUAUAAAUUUUGAUGUUUCUGUUAUGUUACAAUUCAUUAGGAAAUGGCGAACUCCAUGAACGCAUUCUCUCGCCAUAAUAUCUUGAUUUUUGCUGACAGAAUUGAGGAGAUACUCACGCAACAAAUGCGUGAAGAAGUAUAGAGCCAGAUAGCGUCUCUGUAAAGUGACUACAGUUUGUAUUUACUCAAGAAGCAGCAAAUAUAUUAUAUUCCUCGCUCUCUUACCUUCCUUGUAUUUCUAGUCAUGAAUUUGCAGAUUUUUUUUUUCUUUUGCGGGGAAGAAUUAGAUCGUAGCAAUUGCAUUCUGUAUGCAGGCACGCCGUAUGUGUGAACUCGAUGUUUUCGCCUAACAAAUUUGAGAAAAUA